CGCGCGCGGGGCAUUCGCGGCAGCUGUGAACCCGACGGCGUCCGCCCCUUGGCCGGUCCCGCGGGCAGCCGCGGUGAGAGGGCCUCGGGCUGCGGGGCUGCUGCGUUCGCGAGGGCCUGGGCGGAGUGGCCGCGUGGGGACAGAUGCCACAGGGCCUCUGAACUGCUGGAGAAUCAGCCUUGGUGGCCAGAAGCUCUCAAUACACGUUUGCGUGCUUACAGCUUCAGGAAGCUGCUCCUAAGGCUGUGUCCAUCUGGUUUGGCAGUCCAGCCACCAUGGAGGCCCCAGAAGUCCCUGUGGGUUCCCUGAUUGACUUUGGGACUGAACCACCUACCUCCCCUCCCCUGGAAGCAGCAGCAUCAACACUCCAGGACCCAGAUGGCUCCCUGGACGAUGGUGCAUCUGAGAGUGAGACCACCGAGUCCGCAGACAGUGAGAAUGACAUGGGCGAGUCACUGUCACACCCAUCCUGGGACCAAGACCGCCGCUCUUCUUCGAAUGAGUCCUUCUCCUCCAAUCAGAGUGCUGAUUCAGCCCCAGAUGAGGAGACCCUGGCACUUCGAGAGUUCAUGCGCAACUAUGUAGAGAAGAUUUUCUCUGGAGGAGAGGACUUGGACCAGGAAGAGAAAGCAAAGUUUGGGGAAUACUGCAGCGGCGAAGAUGGGAAAGGCCGUGAGUGGUUCGCACGGUUUGUGAGCGCACAGCGCUGCAAGUCCAAGUGUGUAUCCGAGCCGACCUUCUACCGCCUGGUGCAGUCCUUCGCGGUGGUGCUGUUUGAGUGCCACCAGAUGGAUGACUUCGGGCCUGCCAAGAACCUCAUGACCAUGUGCUUCACCUACUACCACCUGGGCAAGCCGCAGCUGCUCCCGACAGAGCCCAGGGAGAAGCCAGCCGGCAGCAUUGACUCCUACCUGAAGUCAGCUAACAGCUGGCUGGCAGAGAAGAAGGACAUUGCUGAGCGGCUGCUGAAGAACACGGAGAACAUGAAGGGCUUCUUUGGGGGGCUGGAGACCAAGCUGAAAGGACCACUGGUCAGGAAGAAUGAGGAAGAUGAGAACAAACCUAAGGACAGACAGCUGAAGACUGUGACUGUGAUCAGCCCGGAAGAUGAACAGAAGGGGGAGAAGGUCUACCUCUACACGCACCUGAGGCAGCAGCCCAUCUGGCACACGUUGAGGUUCUGGAAUGCGGCCUUUUUUGAUGCCGUCCACUGUGAGAGGCGGAAGCGAUCCCCCACCACCAGAGGGGAUGCUGGAGAGCAGGAGGAGAAGAGGGAAAAAUGGUGCCACAUGACCCAGGAAGAGCGGGAUGACAGCCUGCGGUUCAAUGAGAACAUCACCUUCGGGCAGCUGGGCACGUUCACCCACAACAUGCUGGCCUUUGGCCUGAACAAGAAGCUAUGUAGCGACUUCCUGAAGAAGCAGGCUGUGAUUGGCAACCUGGAUGAGGAGCAAUACAAGCUGCUAAGUGACCACAUUGAGCAAAUGGCCACAGAAUAGGAGAUCAGCACAUGAUGUUCUCCCAGGAGCUGUCACCCCAGUGAUGACCCUGCAUGACACCAGCAGCACCCAGAGCCACUCCUUGCUGCCCUAGAUCUAGCAGUUAAAAGACUCCAGAAGCCUGUCUCCCCCUGCCUGUGUCUGCUCUCCCUUCUAUGUACAAAGUGUCCCUUUGGUUACACAGCUAAAAACGAGGGACCGUCUACCACCUCCCCCAACCUAUCCUUGAGCACCAGGCUUAUGAGACAGAAGAUGGAGGAAGAGGCCAUGAGCUAGGGUCCCCAAGUUCCUGCUGAGAACCAGGGACAUGUGAGCACAAGGGUGCAGGAGGGAACCCACACAGCUAUAAGGUGAGGGCAGAACCACUACUGUGGGUAACAGCCUGACACUCCCUGCCGUGGGUCAUCCUGCGAGCCUACACUGUGUGCGGGGACUGUGGAGCCUUCCUGAAAGGUCGUGGCUACCUGCCCCUCUCCAUCUCCUCAUGAACAAGAACUGGAAACCACAGGAACUGAAGAGAACUCAAGGGUUUUGACUUUCUUAGGGGUGUGAGCAUUUUGCCAGCCGCAACCACGUCUCAGACUCAAGAGGCCUGUC